AUGUCGCUAAAGCCAAGAAACGUCGACUUUCAGGAGACGUGGGCCAACCUCAAAGAAACUUGUUGGCUGUCGGGCAAUAUGACAGUUCCACAAUUAGAUGGUUACUCUCAUUAUGAGUCAGCACAAUUAUUCAAUCAAAAUGAUGGUAUUGUAAUCUAUCACAAAAGUGAACUUGAUGUCAAGGUUAUGGAACCUCCUUUUCAAGAAGGAAAUUGUUUGAUAAUUCAAUAUCAUGAUAUCGCCAUAGUGGCAAUUUACCGUCCACCUUGCUUCCACAAUAUAGAUUUAUUUUUAACUUCGCUUAAUGAUGUGCUUGUGUCUCUUUCAUGUUUUAAAAAUGUCGCUAUUAUUGGCGAUAUCAACUUGGAUGUAGUAACAGGAUCGACGGAUGCUAGAGCUAUGGAAUAUUUAAACCUUAACGCUUUUCACGGCUUACUUCCUGCUCACAAUAUUCCAACGCGUAAUAAGGCGUGUCUCGACCAUGUAAUCCUUCGCUCCGCUAUGAAAGCUACUACGAUAGUCCUUAACUCAUCCGUUACCGAUCACCAAGCUGUCAUAUUAAGUUUCGCAACUAAAUCGAAUACAAAAAGAGGGUCCAAAACUUUGAAAAGAUUAAAUUACGAUAAAAUUAGGAUAGAAUUAAAGAACAAUAGUAUGGAUUUUAUCAUUCAAUGUAGUGAUGCUAAUGUUGCAACGGAUUUAUUUAUUUCAUACUUGCAAAAAAUAAUUUCAGAAAACACUUCAACCAUUACAAUCCCUAACAAAAAAAGAACUAUAAAACCCUGGAUAACUCCAGGUCUGUUACGCUGCAUAAGGAACCGUGAUAAUCUGUUCAAAAAGCACAAAACAUCCCCUAAUGAUGAAACAAUUAAACUCACAUAUUCGAGAUAUAGAAACUACUGUAAUGCUCUAAUAAAAAAAGCAAAAAUCAAUUACAACAAAGAUUUAGUCACAAAAGCUGGUAAAGAUAACGGGAGGUUGUGGAAGGCAAUUGGACAGAUUUCAAACACUGUUAAAAUGAAAGAACAAUCGACUGAACUUCUCAAAGUUUCAUCCACCCAAACAGAGUCAAUAAAUGCAGUGAAUUCUUAUUUUACAAGAGUGGGCGAAGAAUUAGCAGAAAAAAUUGCUUCUAAUAAGCUCCCUAAUCAUGCAAAGGCUGUAAGACACAUACCGACAAGAACGGCAUCAUUUGCAAUGUUAAAUACUGAUGAAGAUGAAGUCGAGCGUUUUAUAAUGAGUCUCAAGAACGUGUGCACUGAUGGUUGGGACGGCAUCUCCAAUGUAUUCAUAAAACAAUUUAGAUCAUUUCUCAUCGCUCCUUUAACACAUAUCUUUAAUCUUUCCCUCAACUCAGGAGUUUUCCCCUCUGCUUUUAAACACUCUAUCGUUCAUCCGAUUUACAAAUCUGGUGAUAGAGACUGUGUCGGGAAUUAUCGGCCUAUAUCAAUUCUCACUGCGUUCUCUAAGAUCUUGGAAAAAAUUAUUAACUCUCGACUCGCUAACUAUCUUGAAUCGAACGGUCUGCUUUCUUAUAAUCAGUUUGGAUUUCGACGUGGCAGAUCUACCACCGAGGCUGUGCAUGAGUUGACAGAUUUUGUGGUUAAAAACUUAGACAAGGGUAACAAGGUGAUAGGCCUUUUUCUAGAUCUCGCGCGGGCCUUCGACACGGUCUCGGUACCAAUCUUAUUGAAAAAGUUAGAAUCAUAUGGCUGUAGAGGUGUGCAAUUAGAUCUGUUGACAGACUAUCUUUCUCAUAGAACACAAAGUACCAAAAUAGGGGAUUAUGUGAGUGACAAAGCUCAGAUCAACUACGGAGUUCCUCAGGGCAGUAUUCUGGGUCCUACACUUUUUUUGGUAUAUAUUAAUGACCUGUCUUCCUUGCAGAUUCCAUUUGCCCGUAUUAUAUCUUACGCAGACGACACAUGUCUUCUCUUUUCUGCUUCCACCUGGGAAUUGACACAGGAUGCUGCCCAACAGGGAUUCAACUUAAUUAAUAGCUGGUUAAAAACUAACUUGUUAACCCUUAACACCGAUAAAACGAAAUAUGUCAAGUUUUCCAUGCGUAAAUUGCCAUUAGAAGAGAGACCCGCCAGAGCUAUAAUUUCACAUGAAUGCAACAAUUUUGAAGAAAUUAAAUGCUCAUGUAAUAAAUCAAUAGAACUUGUCUCAAACAUAAAAUAUCUUGGUGUAACGAUAGACAGUAAUUUGUCAUUCAAAAAUCACCUGCAAUUGAUGUCCGCCAGGUUGCGUAAACUUAUUUACAUUUUUAAAAAUUUGCGAUAUGUGUUGGAUAAGGAAGCAUUAAAACGUAUUUAUUUUGCACUUGCAAGAAGCCUACUUACAUAUUGCAUCACUUCUUGGGGAGGGGUUGCAAAGGGUACCCUAAAGCAAAUAGAAGUUGCGCAAAGGGCUAUUUUAAAAUCGGUGGAGCGCGCGGUGUGGAACACUCGGUUCUCGGAUGUGUACGCGCUCUGCGUCGCCCACCCCGAGCCCUUGGCCGACCGGCUGUAUGACGAGACCAGGGCGGAUCCAGAGGGGGGGGUCACGGGGGUCAUGACUCCCCCUGGGCUGGGUCCAUCUGUACCCACUUCACAAUCUGUACCUACUGUGACUCGACCGCGACUAUAUGACCCCCCUGGCGCCAAAGCUGGAUCCGCCCUUGCGUGCGGUAAAAUGUUUUACCGCACACUCCGUUUGAUGGCUCGUAAUUUUGAACUGUCGAACAAUGUGUGCGACCUCCAUGAAUGUAUUUUUGAGCGAGUUUCUGAUGCAGAGAUCAUAUACGGCUCAGCGGCCACAGUGAGCUGCCCAGAACACGAUUCCAGGCAAUUGGAAGUAGGCGAGCUAGGUCUCGUGAUAUGGGAGCGCGUAUUGAUUCGUCCCUUGUGGGCCGCGCUCUCCGGCCGCAUCGUGUCCGCGCUGUCGGCCGCCCGCGAGCGGGGCCCCGACCCCGCGCAUGCUGACGUGCUGCGGCAGGCCAUACACAGCGCCGUGCACGUACAAUCGUUCCGCGUCCGUCAGCCCCUCGCGUUAUACCAGUCGCUGGUAUUGGAGCCCUACCUGUCCUCGGCGUCGGAGCACCACGCGAGACACGCGGCCUCACUGCUAGCGGACGGAGAUAUAUCGCAUUAUAUGCGGCACGUGUUGGAUGGUCUGGAGCGCGAGAUCGCGCUAGGAAACCGGUUCCUCCACAGCUCCUCCGGUGAGUCGGUCCGCAGCUGCUUCGAGCGCGCCGCCGUCAGCGCCCACCUGCCGGCGCUUCACGCGCACACCGACCGGCUCCUCAACGAGGCCGCGGACACCGCGCCUAAUGCCGAACAGAAGUCAGCCAUCGCGGAGCAUUUGAUUGAUUCUGGUCCUAACCACUGGAUUGAGUUUCAUAACCGACAGAUUAUUUCGACAGAACGCCACUACAUACCAAGAUUGGUCAGGGAAGCGAUUGAGAUAACAAAACAUAAAAAUUUCAAUCGUGAGGACGAGUUUAAAUUGUCGAGUGUCUGGAAUCCUGUGCGUCGCGACGACCUACGUCGCAUGUACGCACUACUACGUCCCCUGGGCGCGUCCGCUCUCAGGCCGCUCGUGGACGCCGCCCUCGACCAGGCCGUGCGAGACGGGAAGGCGCUGCUCCUGACGCCCCACAACAGGGACGAGGUAUGUAUCAUUAUACGGACCAGCUACAGGGCGCUGGUGCUGGUAGACGCCGCCCUCGACCAGGCCGUGCGAGACGGGAAGGCGCUGCUCCUGACGCCCCACAACAGGGACGAGGUAUGUAUCAUUAUACGGACCAGCUACAGGGCGCUGGUGCUGGUAGACGCCGCCCUCGACCAGGCCGUGCGAGACGGGAAGGCGCUGCUCCUGACGCCCCACAACAGGGACGAGGUAUGUAUCAUUAUACGGACCAGCUACAGGGCGCUGGUGCUGGUAGACGCCGCCCUCGACCAGGCCGUGCGAGACGGGAAGGCGCUGCUCCUGACGCCCCACAACAGGGACGAGGUAUGUAUCAUUAUACGGACCAGCUACAGGGCGCUGGUGCUGGUAGACGCCGCCCUCGACCAGGCCGUGCGAGACGGGAAGGCGCUGCUCCUGACGCCCCACAACAGGGACGAGGUAUGUAUCAUUAUACGGACCAGCUACAGGGCGCUGGUGCUGGUAGACGCCGCCCUCGACCAGGCCGUGCGAGACGGGAAGGCGCUGCUCCUGACGCCCCACAACAGGGACGAGGUAUGUAUCAUUAUACGGACCAGCUACAGGGCGCUGGUGCUGGUAGACGCCGCCCUCGACCAGGCCGUGCGAGACGGGAAGGCGCUGCUCCUGACGCCCCACAACAGGGACGAGGUAUGUAUCAUUAUACGGACCAGCUACAGGGCGCUGGUGCUGGUAGACGCCGCCCUCGACCAGGCCGUGCGAGACGGGAAGGCGCUGCUCCUGACGCCCCACAACAGGGACGAGGUAUGUAUCAUUAUACGGACCAGCUACAGGGCGCUGGUGCUGGUAGACGCCGCCCUCGACCAGGCCGUGCGAGACGGGAAGGCGCUGCUCCUGACGCCCCACAACAGGGACGAGCUACAGGCGCUGGUGCUGGUAGACGCCGCCCUCGACCAGGCCGUGCGAGACGGGUCGGGAAGAGCCGCUGCUCCUGACGCCCCACAACAGGGACGAGACGCCGCCCUCGACCAGGCCGUGCGAGACGGGAAGGCGCUGCUCCUGACGCCCCACAACAGGGACGAGGUAUGUAUCAUUAUACGGACCAGCUACAGGGCGCUGGUGCUGGUAGACGCCGCCCUCGACUCAGGCCGUGCGAGACGGGAAGGCGCUGCUCCUGACGCCCCACAACAGGGACGAGGCCGUGCGAGACGGAAGGCGCUGCUCCUGACGCCCCACAACAGGGACGAGGUAUGUAUCAUUAUACGGACCAGCUACAGGGCGCUGGUGCUGGUAGACGCCGCCCUCGACCAGGCCGUGCGAGACGGGAAGGCGCUGCUCCUGACGCCCCACAACAGGGACGAGGCUCACAGCCACUUCGUCCAUUCCAUGCUGACUCUCCACGGCAAGUACAGCAAGCUGUUCGCGGACGUGUUCAACGGGGCGCAAGCCUUCAUGGGAGCAUUAGAUAAGGCCUGUAGCGCUGUCGUGAACAGUCGCCUUUCACCCGAUCAGCCUGCUCGGGCUCCGGAACUGCUCGCUCGGUACUGCGACUGUCUCCUGAGGCGAAGGGGGGGCUCCGGGGGCUCCGGGGGGGCCGCCAGCUCCGGGGGAGGGGACGGAGACGCGGACGAGAGGCUGGCGGCCGCCAUAUUGGUGUUCAAAUACGUCGACGAUAAGGAUGUCUUCCAGAAGUAUUAUGCCAGAGCGUUGGCGAGGAGAUUGAUACAUCAGUUGUCCGCUUCUAUGGAACAGGAAGAAGCGAUGAUAAAUCGCCUAAAAGCGGCGUGUGGAUACGAAUUCACGAACAAGCUGCACCGAAUGUUCACCGACGUGGCCGUGUCGGCCGACCUCAACGCCAAGUUCCAGCAACAUCUCAGGGAGAACAACUUGCAGACAAAUACGGGCUUCUUUAUACAGGUCCUUCAAGCGGGCGCAUGGCCCCUCGGCGGCGCUAUGGCCCCGCUGGCCCCCCCUCCGGCCCUGGAGCGGCCGGCGCGGUUAUUCGAAGCGUUCUAUCGCGCAGCUUUCAGCGGAAGACGUCUGGCCUGGCUCCACCAUCUGUGUACGGGGGAUCUGAGGACCAAAUACACGCCGCGGCUCUACCAUGUCAGCGGGACUACACCACAGUGCGCCCUUCUCCUCUCGUUCGAAGGCGUGGACUCGUGGUCCAUUAGGGAGGUGAGGGAAUCCUUACAGCUGUCCUCGGAGGCGUGGGGCCGGCACGCGCGGCCCGUGGUGGAGGCGGGCCUGUUGCUGUGUACCGACGGAGACGUGGACUCCGACGAUGCCACUCUACACCUCAACCUGGCCUUCACCUGCAAAAGGACUAAGUUGAGAUUGACCGCGGCCACGCCUGCCAACCAACAAGGAGGCAGCGGGUCGGGCGGGGCGGGGGCUAGCACCGGGGAGGACAAUCCCCCCGCGCACUGCGACGAUGACCGCAAGAUGUAUCUACAGGCCGCGCUGGUGCGGAUCAUGAAGCAGAGGAAGGUAUUACGUCACACGGAACUCAUACAAGAGGUGGUUUCUCAGGCGCGGGGUUCUUUCGCCCCGUCCGUAGCCAUGAUCAAGAAAUGUAUAGAGGCACUCAUAGACAAACAAUAUCUAGAACGAGCGCCCGGAACAUUAGACACUUACUCCUAUCUAGCGUAGGCGACAUUAUAGGCCAUUCCCAUUAGGCCAUAAGGUAAUUCCCAUUCGCCCCUACAACGAUUCCCAUUCAACCACACAAUGAUAUGAAUGAAUGAUUAAAGGUCGGCCAAGUUACAUAUUGAAAUUGAGUUAUCCAUUAAAACUAAGUCUAAUUCCCACUGUCCCUGUUGGUUGUACCCAUAGACCUACAAAACUCGACCGAGUUACGUAGCGAAAUUUGUAUUCAGCUGUAAAAUGUGUGCGGAUUCCCAUUGUCCCCUAUACAGGGUGUUACAAAAGUCCGAAAUAAAACUUUAGGGUUUGGUUGUGUUCCUUGUCUAGAAUUACCUACGAAAGUUUGACGCCUUUCAGACCACUUUUAUUUUCUAAUUAAAUUAAUAAAAAUAUCGUUUUACACCUGCCUAUGACAACCCUAUAAAUGCGUACGAUUACUACUACCUAAACAGAC